CCCCGGCCCCGCCCCGCCAGGCCCCGCCCCCCCUCAGUCGGUGCGUGGCCGCCGCCCCGCACGGACGCGCCUCGCCGGGGGCUCCGCUCCGCCGUCCGCCGCCAUGGCCGACCCCGCCGCCCAGUUCCCCUUCGUCUCCUCUUCAUCUUCCUCCGGUCAGCCCCAGCCCGGAGGCUGCGGGGGCGCUGGCUCCGCCUCCUGCGCCGAUCCCCCCGCUUCUUCCUCCUCCUCCCAGCCUGUCUCUCUCUUUGCGGCUUCACCAGCGGGCACCGAAGCGGCACCUGGGGGGCGAGGAGGUCAGGGAGCCUUCCUCCCCCCCGCCGCCUCCUCCGCCGCCGCCGCCUCCUCUUCCUCCUCGGGGGGGCCCCCCCAAAAAGAACCGGAUUCCCCUGAAUCGCCCUUCGAGGUCGUGCCGGAUCGCGCCGCCUUCGACCGGGAAUUCGGCCCGGCGGCGGCGCUGCUGGGGGAGCGCGAGGUGCUGAGCCAAAUCCCCGAGGAUCGCGUCUGCGACUUCCCGGCCAAACCCCGCGGCGCCCCCGGCGUCACCCCCAAGGUCCCCACCGCCUUGUGCCGGCAACCGUCCGGCACCGCCGCCGCGCUGGAAGAGGUGUCCAAGUGCGUGCGGGAGAUGCACACUUUCACCAGUGAGUUGCUCAACUGGGAUUUGGUGGAGCGGAACGGCGGCAACGGCAUCGCCGGUGACAUCGGCGGCAGCGCCAACGCCGAAGCCGACAGCUCCGGCGACUCCGACGACACCGUCAUCGAGGAAGCCCCCGUUGAGGAGCCCCCCCUGGAGGAACCCCCCAUCGCCGUCCCCCGGCACCGUGUCACCGCCGGCGUCACCGGCAUCACCGCGCCGCCCCCCCUUCCCGAAACGCGCCCCCCCCCCGCCGCCGCCGCCACCACCCGGGACUGGGAGGAGGAGCGGCUGACCCUGCGGGCGCUGCGGGAAUUGGGGGAACCCCCCAGGGACACCCCCAAACCCCCCGGGGACCCGGCUCGACCCCCCCCGGGGACCCAGCUCCUCCCCCGCCUGGCAGUCCACGACCUCCUCUUCUGGCGGGACGUGAAGAAGACGGGGCUCGUCUUCGGCGCCAGCCUCCUCCUCCUCCUCUCCCUGGCCGCCUUCAGCGCCGUCAGCGUGGUGGCCCACCUGGCCCUGGCCCUGCUCUCCGUCACCAUCAGCCUCCGCGUCUACAAAGCCGUCGUCCAGGCCGUCCAGAAGUCCGAAGAGGGGCACCCCUUUCGGGCUUACCUGGAGCUGGACUUGACCUUGUCACCCGAGACCUUCCAGGCUCAUGCCACCACCGUCGCCCUCCACCUCAACCGGGCGCUGCGGUUCCUCCUCCGCCUCUUCCUGGUGGAGGAUCUGGUGGAUUCCCUGAAGCUGGCCGUGGUGAUGUGGCUGCUGACCUCCGUGGGAGCCAUCUUCAACGGCAUCACCCUCCUCAUCCUCGCCGAGCUGUUGGCCUUCACCCUCCCGCCCCUCUACGAGAAGUACAAGGUGCAGAUCGAUCACUACGUGGGCAUCGCCCGCCGCCAGACCAAGGACCUCGUGGCCAAGAUCCAGGCGAAGCUCCCGGGUCUGGCCAAGAAGAAGCCGGAAUAAAACCCCGGGGGGUGGUGGGGAAAUAUCGGGGUACCCCCCCCGAGCUCUUCAGCCCCCCCAAACUCUAUUCCCCCCCCCCUCAAGCUCGUAGCCCCCCCCCAUCUCUCACAGUGGCGUCCGUCUGUUCUUCCCCCCUCCCCCCCCAGCCUUGGACUUGGCCUCUGCUAUGGGGCUACCGGGGGGGGGGGGCUGCACCCCAAAACCCCCCUCCUGCUCCCCCCGGGGGGGGGCUUCCCACCCUCCCAGCUCGUUUCUCUCCCCCCCCCCCCCUUUUAUUUUUUUUUAACGUUGAUUGAGGUGAAAUGUCUGUAACUGCUGUAAAUUGAGGGGGGGGGAAGGGGGCAAAGCCCCUUGAGCGGGGGCUCAGCCUCCUCCCACAGCCCCCCCCAAACCGCACUGCGCGCCCCCCCCCCCUCGCCACACCCCCUAAUCCGGGGGGGGGACACAUGGGGACACAACCCCCUCAUCCACCCGCGGGGAUGCGGCAUCAAUAAAACACCGCGACGGA